AUGGAAAACGGGAAAAGAGGGAAAGGAGCUGUUAAUGGUAGUAUGGACUGUGAGGAAAGAUCAGCAGAAGGAUCGUACUAUAAUCUUUUGGCUGAGAAGGUGGAACAGCUGAUGGAGUGGAGCUCAAGGCGCUCAGUCAUCCGCAUGAAUGGAGACAAAUUCCGAAGAUUUGUGAAGGCUCCACCUCGUAACUACUCUGUGAUAGUGAUGUUCACUGCUCUCCAGCCGCAGCGGCAGUGCUCUGUUUGCAGGCAAGCUAAUGAAGAAUAUCAAGUGCUGGCUAAUUCAUGGCGCUAUUCAUCUGCUUUUUCAAACAAACUGUUUUUCACAAUAGUGGAUUAUGAUGAAGGGGCAGAUGUUUUUCAACAGCUGAAUAUGAACUCUGCCCCGACUUUCAUGCAUUUUCCUCCAAAAGGUAAACCCAAGAGAGCUGAUACAUUUGACCUGCAGAGAAUCGGAUUUGCAGCUGAGCAGCUAGCUAAAUGGAUAGCUGACAGAACAGAUGUUCAUAUUAGAGUGUUCAGACCUCCUAACUAUUCUGGUACAAUUGCACUGGCUCUUCUGGUGUCUCUUGUUGGUGGCUUGUUAUAUCUGCGAAGAAAUAACUUAGAGUUCAUCUACAACAAAACUGGCUGGGCCAUGGCAGCUCUGUGCGUUGUGUUUGCUAUGACAUCUGGUCAAAUGUGGAAUCACAUCCGUGGACCCCCGUAUGCACAUAAAAAUCCUCAGAAUGGUCAAGUGAGUUAUAUACAUGGAAGCAGUCAGGCUCAGUUUGUUGCAGAAUCGCAUAUUAUUCUUCUGCUGAAUGCUGCUAUCACCAUGGGAAUGGUACUCCUGAAUGAAGCUGCUACUUCCAAAGGGGAUGUUGGGAAAAGGAGAAUAAUAUGUCUGGUAGGUCUGGGUCUGGUGGUCUUUUUCUUCAGCUUCCUGUUGUCGAUAUUCCGCUCCAAAUACCAUGGCUACCCAUACAGCUUCUUAAUUAAAUGAAUUCAAGAGGGAUUCAUUUAGAGCUGCUUACCAUGAAGAUAAGCUAUAACCGAUAUUAUCUGCCCACCAACGUUACAUGUAUUCAAGAAUCUUUUGUUGGUUCAUCUGUUUUUGUGAUAAUUUAUAUAGUAUGCUGCUAGAGAAAUGAAUGCAGUUUUAUGCAAUGAAUGCGUAAUUUAUAGAAACAUACAGUAAACACCUCAUUGGGAAGUGCUAAAAAGUUAUGAAUAUAGUGUGCUCAAGAAUUUAAAUAAAUUUCAUUAUAAUGGGC